UUUUUUUUUUUCCUCUUUACUUUCUUUUUCUCUCUUGUCUUUUUCUUUUGUUUUUUAUGACACCAUCGGCAACGGAGAGACAGAAAGUAUUAGAUAUUCUUUAUAAUGUUUUAUCCAAUCCUCAUGAAACUAUAGGCAAUCCUUUGGCUUACAUUAUACUCGAAGCGAAAGAAGGUUAUUGUGGAAUAGAACUUCUCAAAAGUUCCGUAACCGAACUCAAUCACUACCCGUCGCAAUAUAUCAAACAUUGUAUCGAAAACACAAAAGGUACUCAACCAGUAGAACCACGCUUAGAACUCAACAAUGACCGAUCAAAAGUGCGUAUCAAACGGACCGUUGACCUCAGCAAGGUAUCAAAUGAAACAGAUCCUUUGGGAUUUACCCUCAAUGCAUCGACUUCUUCAGCAACCUCACCAACACUAAAGACAGAUAAUAUGGAACGAUUAGCCAGUUCUAGCUUGUCUCUCUCUGAAGGUCAGUUCAAACCAUAUAAACCUUCGUACAACUUUCAAGGUUUCUACGAUUUAGAAGACGAAGAAGACCAUUCCGACAACAACUCAAACGACAAUGAUAUGUUUAAUACCAACGACAAUCAACUGACUCUUUUACCCGUGGUUUAUGAUAAUGGAAAGUUUUAUCAAGAUGCCUCUUUCUUCAAUUCCCAAGCAAGUGAGUCAGUCAAAUUGAUUCCUAUGUAUGAAAAAAUAGAUAUCCCUGCCAUUGGUGGAUCAAACAAAGGAUCUUUAGUAGAGAUAGAAAAAGUCUGUUGGAAUUGUGAAUUACCUGGACAUAGUGUACAAUCAUGUCCUGAACCAUAUGACAGAGAACAAGUAAGGAAGAAUCGUGAAGAAUAUAUGAUGAACUCUACUGGAUCGACCUUGACGGAAAGACGCUAUUAUCAGUAUUUUGAACAACUACAACAAGUAUCUGGGCUUUUGCCUGGUAGAUUGUCAGAAACUUUAAGGGCAGCCUUGGGACUGCGGCAUGCUAAUGAUCAUCCUCCUUAUUAUAGACAUAUGGGACAAGUUGGAUAUCCUCCUGGUUACAUUGGAACUCGCAAAGAUCAAGAACGUGUAAUGAACCUGGUGACUGGAAAAUUGAUGGAUGAAGACACACCAGACCUGAAGAUAUUUGACGAUUAUGAUGAAAAGAAUGAUAAUAACGACAACGAUAACAAGGAAUUGGAACUGACAAAGCAAAUAUGUGAUUCUCAAGCAGAAGAAGUAACGGAAAGAUUUCAAAUGGUGAGCUAUCCUGGAUUAUAUGAAUAUCAAGCAGAACAACAGCAAUUGAAUAUAUACCGACAAUUUUAUGUAGAAUCCACUCGCCCAAUGAAACGCCCUCGUCAAGAACAGCAGGAAGAAUUACAAAAUUAUUUUCAUCAUCAUUUAACCAAUCAAUCACACUAUCGACAAUCUCGUUACCGCUCAUAUCAACCGCAAGAGUAUGAUGUACAUCAUCGGCAUCAGUUUUAUCAACAAGAUCAGUCAUAUCAACAAUCACAGUAUAGAAUACAGCAGGAACAACAGUAUUAUUCACAACAAUAUUCACAGUAUAUCACAUAUGGACAGCAGAACGAAUAUUAUGGUCAAUAUGAUUACUAUGGACAACAAUCAAAUAUUUAUCAAUCAGAUCAAUCCUCACUACCAAAUAAUAUCCCUAUUACAUCAUCGUCACCUUCUACUCCUCCUCCUCCUCCUCCUCUUAAUGAACUUGAUAUAGAUGAUGAUAUUCCGCCACCACCACCACCUGCAUAAAAGAUUCCCAUUAACAAUCACUGUUAGAUUAUGAACCUUAUUCCUAAUUUUAUUUAAUUUAGAUGAUCAUUCUCCCUCUCAACAUGACUAUCAUUUAUCGCUUUGUAUAUAGACAAAAAUAUAUAUUGUAAAAUAAACAACCUAUUAUCA